ACUUGCGCUUUGUGAUUGGUCCGGCGGCUUCUGGGAUCUGUCAUGUGUCCCAGGUACCGCCUUACCAUUCACAAAAAGCAUCGCUUCUUGCGCAUGCGCACUUGGCACCCGGCUGUCAAGCCCAGUGCCGACACUACAGAAGCCGGGAAGACAGCGCGCCGCUGGAUAGAGGAACAGGUAAGGUCCCGCUGCAGAGCUGAGCGGCCGGCCCGAUAUUCUGACAUGGCAGUGGUGGAAAUACCGGACCGGCCGCUCCAUAUUCGCUCCAUAAGACGCACUAAC